UAUAGUAAAAUGACUUCUUUGCUGGUUCCUCUAGAAUCAGUAAGGGGAAUGACAUGUUUGGAUCGUACAGCAUUUACAACAACUGUAGAAUUACCAGUUUUUAAAUUUCAUAGUGUUAAAUAUCUAAAACUACUACCAAUUCUGAAAAAAUACCUUUUUAAAACAAGGAACUUCAAACCAGUUGAAAGCAGAAACAAUGAAACUGUUAUAUAUUUAAAUCCAAUGUUGAUAAAAACUUUUGAAGAUUUCAUGGAAAGUGAAAAGAAGCAGUUGUUACAAGUGCAGGAACAGUUUGGAAUAAUGAAAGUAAUGUUGAAAUAUGAUAAUUGGCAAUCUUAUGAUAUAUUAAGAGCUAUUUUACCUGUUGAAGUUGAAGUUCCAACUUCAUUUAGCAUAGUAGGUCAUAUUGUGCAUUUAAAUCUACGUGAUAUGCAUUUACCAUAUAAGACUAUUAUUGGUCAGGUUUAUCUUGAUACCAUUUCAACUGCUCGAACAGUUCUGAACAAAACAAGUGUCAUUGAUACAACUUUUAGAAAUUUUAUUAUGGAAAUCCUUGCUGGUGACAAGGAUACUAUUACAACAGUAAAAGAAAAUGGUUGUAUAUAUGAGUUGGAUUUUUCUCAAGUUUAUUGGAAUACUCGAUUAGGUACAGAGCAUAGAUAUUUAAUAACAUUUAUGAAAUCUAAUGAUGUUUUGUAUAAACGAGCCAGUAAUGAAGCUGGUAUGGAACAUGUUAUAAUGAACUUACCAGCACUUGCUGUUGAAUUUUUGGAUGUAUUUUUUCAUUCAUUUAAUCAAAAUGAAAUUAAACAAAUGUGUUGUCAACCACCAACCAUACAUUUAUACUGUUUUGUAAAAGCAAGUAAAAAUGAAGAUGCUUGUAAGCUGGGACAAUCAAUGGUAGAACAAAAACUUAAUUGUACAUUAAGUUCCGAUUCUUUGGUUGACAUACAUUAUGUUAGAAAUGUUUCUGUGUCUACAGAAAUGAUUCGUGUAUCAUUUUUAUUAACUGAAAGUAUAUUAAAAGGUGAGGAGCCAGCAAUGAAGAAAUUAAGAAUGGAAAAUAAUAUUAAUAUACCUUUAGAUUUGAAAGAAAAUAAAGCAGCUGCAGGAUGCAGGGAUAAAAGUGCUGAAAGAGAUCAACUAAUUGAAGAAUUGCGCAAGGAAAUACAUCAGUGCAAACUAAAAAUGAUGGCAGACAAUGCAAAGCAAGGAAAAAGGAAGAAAAUGCAAAAAUCAGCUCCAGUACAAACUGAUACAACACUUUUGUAUUUACUUUACAAUUAUUUAUAUAAAUCUUCAAUAUGUAUAGGAAAACCAUUCGUGAUGGAGAUCAUCUAUACUACUGCAGGAUUCAUUGUGAUAGGAGAUGAAAUUUUACGUGGACAAAUUAUAGAUACAAAUACAUCAUAUUUGGCAAAAAAAUUACAAGCUUCUGAUAUUAAAAUAUUAAAAAUGGAUUACCUUUUGUGUUAGGUAGAUGAAAUUGCAAAGACUGUACAUGAUGUUUCCAAGGAAUAUUCUAUUGUAUUUACAUCUGGUGGUGUUGGACCUACACAUGAUGAUGUAACAUAUGAAGCUGUAGCUAAGGGUUUAGAAUUAAAACUUGAACUCCAUGAAGAAUUAGUUGAUAUUUGUACAAAUCUUUUUCCUAUGGAGGAAGAAGCUCAACGCCUUGCUAUUGUACCAAGACCUUGUGAACUUGUGUAUGUCUAUUCACCAAAAAAAUAUGCAAUUGUAAAGGCAAAGAAUGUGUAUGUGUUACCAGGCUCUCCAAAAUAUUUUGAGCUUGCUGUUGAUGUAAUUGUAUCGCAAUUAAAAGGUUCUAUUCCUUUACACAUUGAACAGAUAAAUAUUAAUUUAAAUGAGCUAUCAAUAGUAAAAAUUUUGGACAAACAUGCAGUGCGUUGGAAAGAUAAAGUCAGUAUUGGUAGUUAUCCACAAAUAACACCUGAAUGUUUUACAAGAAUUACAUUAGAAGGAGAGAAGGACAAUGUUUUAAAAGCAAAAGCAGAACUUUUAUACACUUUACCAAUUCAAAAGAUUCAAAAUUUAGAGAAUGGAUUUAGUGACUAUCAUGCAAGAACUGUUUUCAAAGAUGCUGAAAAUCAAGCAUAUAUAAAGCAUGCAUUGGAUACUUUACAGGAAUGUUAUAAAAUUGAGAGGAGUAAACAAUACCGAACGCUCGUAGAUCUAAAAGUAGAUUGUACGUCAAAAGGAUUGAUUUCAGGACCUAUGUUGAUUAAGCAUAUUUUAUUCCUCUCGGUGAAUAAGUCCUUAAAGGCUCAGGUGGAUUCUUUUGUGGAGAAAGCCGCCCGGUAUUAUGAUUUAGAAUUAAUAAGAAAACAACAUCCGAUGCGGUUGGCGUUAAGUUCGCUAUUAGAAGAAAAGGGAAAUUUAAAGGCAAGUCUUAUGGGCAUGAGGAAAGGAGAUCCGGGUGCAGAUAAUUUAGAAGUUUUUACACCAACUGAUCCAAAUUGGCCAAAUUUAAUUCGUGUCAAUCCCAUUUUAAACUGGUCGUAUGAUCAAGUGUGGAAAUUUUUAUUGAAACACAAUGUACCUUAUUGUCCACUAUAUGAUGAGGGUUAUACAAGUUUAGGAACAAAAUCAAAAACAAUACCGAAUCCACGGUUAAAGGAUCCUAAUAAUUCUUCAUUAUAUUACCCAGCGUACACUUUAACUGACGAAUCUGCCGAGAGACAAGGCAGAGUGUAA